GCUGAUACCAAAUAAUUUUUUUUCGUGUGAAUUUAAACCAAUCUAAAUUUACAUACAUCUUUAUAUAGAUAAAAUACAAAUCUUCACCAAAAUUUGCUAAUUAAAUCCUAGAGAUUAAAUGAAAAAAACAGAAAUGAAACUAUUACAAAUAGGCAGCUGUUCUCGUGAAUAUUCAGGAAGCCGGAGUUCCUUUGACCGCUAUGCGCAUGUGCGCGGGAAAACUAACACAACGAUUGAAGAUGGAAGAAGAGAUAAGUUCAAGUGCAACUCCAAGUCCUGAGAGACGGCUACGGCCAAGACAACAGAGGGGAGUGGAAAUGAGCGACACAAGCUCAACUUCUAGUCCUGUUAGGCGUGGAGCAGUAAGGGGGAGAGGAAGAGGACGACCAGCAGGCAGAAGAGGAGCAAGGGGUGGACGUGGAGGAGGAAGAGGCCAAAGAGGCGGACAUAUAGGAGACGUAGCAGCAGCUGCACUGCAGGACAGGCAGAGAAAUCUCCGAGCGCGUAUAGAAGAAAUGAGCGAUACCAGCAGAAAAGAACUGCUGAUGAAAACAGGGGACAAGCACCCAAGUCUGUUGUUAGACUUAAUUGACCAGGAAGCACCACAGGGUGGUUUUCAUCCAGUUCCUGGUGGAGAAAGUCCAAGCUGGUGUUCCUGCCUCAUGUGCCGGGAUAUGCCCACACAGAUUGAGAGGAUCUGUUGUGGCAGACCUCCCAACCAGUGCCAGUCACAGCUGCCGGACUUCCAGCUGUUAAUUCUGGAUGAGCUGGUAUUGACAAUUGCCCAAAUAUACCGACAAGAUGUCCUCGCCUUGCCACAGGAUGAAGAUUACAACAAGGGAAAGAGGUAUGCUGCCUAUCGACAGUUUAUCUUGUGGCACCAUGGACGCCUUGGAGUGGGUGUUAGGCGGAUUAUCCCUAGCUGUUGUACUUGGGCGAUCCGUGACAAGUAUCCCAACCAGUAUGGACAGUACAUUGGCUUCAUCCCCUCUCGUUUAGGAUGAUUUCUUGUACCAUUUGUAAAACUAUUUUAGUUGUGGAUUUGUAUAUUCAAGAUUGUAAGACACUACAUGAUAGUGAAACUUUUGGUUUUAAUUCCAAAUUUUUUAGUACAAGUUUGUUUUCCUGAUAAUUUUUUUGUAAUAGCAAGCCUACAGUUUCAUACAUCAUCAAAAUAAAAAAAAAUUGUCAACACUUUCAAA